AUGGAUGGGUCCAAGAUGUCCCUCACCGGUACCCAGCACCUCUCCUCCGGACCAUACCCCUCCCAGUCCACGAGUUCCCAGCUGCGCCUGAAUCGACUAGCGCCCUAUGCUGGGAAGAGGGAAAAAAGUGAAGGAAAGAGAUUAAGACAAACAUAUGGCCAACAAGGGGUUCUGGGUGAGUUUGAUGCUGAAUCACCUGGGGUGACCGAGAAGCGUUCCGCCUGCCAUCUCUACUCCCAGACGGACCCCCCCAGCACCGAUCAGACGUGUGCCCUCUCCGACCACAUGUUAUAUAGCCAAUCGCACAGUAAACUGGAGGCUCCAGCUAGCCUCCAACAGAGAGCCUCCAACAGAGAGCCUCCAGCAGAGAGCCUCCAACAGAGAGCCUCCAGCAGAGAGCCUCCAACAGAGAGCCUCCAGCAGAGAGCCUCCAACAGAGAGCCUCCAGCAGAGAGCCUCCAACAGAGAGCCUCCAACAGAGAGCCUCCAACAGAGAGCCUCCAGCAGAGAGCCUCCAGCAGAGAGCCUCCAACAGAGAGCCUCCAGCAGAGAGCCUCCAACAGAGAGCCUCCAACAGAGAGCCUCCAGCAGAGAGCCUCCAGCAGAGAGCCUCCAGCAGAGAGCCUCCAACAGAGAGCCUCCAGCAGAGAGCCUCCAACAAAGAGCCUCCAACAGAGAGCCUCCAACAGAGAGCCUCCAGCAGAGAGCCUCCAGCAGAGAGCCUCCAGCAGAGAGCCUCCAACAGAGAGCCUCCAACAGAGAGCCUCCAGCAGAGAGCCUCCAACAGAGAGCCUCCAACAGAGAGCCUCCAGCAGAGAGCCUCCAACAGAGAGCCUCCAGCAGAGAGCCUCCAACAGAGAGCCUCCAGCAGAGAGCCUCCAGCAGAGAGCCUCCAGCAGAGAGCCCCCAACAGAGAGCCUCCGGCAGAGAGCCUCCAACAGAGAGCCUCCAGCAGAGAGCCUCCAGCAGAGAGCCUCCAACAGAGAGCCUCCGGCAGAGAGCCUCCAACAGAGAGCCUCCAGGAGAGAGCCUCCAGCAGAGAGCCCCCAACAGAGAGCCUCCAGGAGAGAGCCUGCAGCAGAGAGCCUCCGGCAGAGAGCCUCCAACAGAGAGCCUCCAGCAGAGAGCCUCCAGCAGAGAGCCUCCAGCAGAGAGCCUCCAACAGAGAGCCUCCGGCAGAGAGCCUCCAACAGAGAGCCUCCAGGAGAGAGCCUCCAGCAGAGAGUCCCCAACAGAGAGCCUCCAGGAGAGAGCCUCCAGCAGAGAGCCUCUAACAGAGAGCCUCCAGCAGAGAGCCUCCAGCAGAGAGCCUCUAACAGAGAGCCUCCAGCAGAGAGCCUCCAACAGAGAGCCUCCAGGAGAGAGCCUCUAACAGAGAGCCUCCAGCAGAGAGCCUCCAGCAGAGAGCCUCUAACAGAGAGCCUCCAGCAGAGAGCCUCCAACAGAGAGCCUCCAGCAGAGAGCCUCCAGCAGAGAGCCUCCAACAGAGAGCCUCCAGGAGAGAGCCUCCAACAGAGAGCCUCCAGGAGAGAGCCUCCAGGAGAGAGCCUCCAACAGAGAGCCUCCGGCAGAGAGCCUCCAGCGUUCAGUACCCUGGAGAGAGACUACUGUGAAUGUAGUGAAGGAGAGAAACAGAAAUAG